AUGUCGUUUGACUCGAUAUCGGCCGGCGCGACAGGAUGUUUUCCCCGUCGCGCGCACACGAUCAACGCGACGGACGACGCGCACACGCACACUGUCGCCGUCUACAUGCACAGCUUCAAUCCGGACUGCGAAAAUGACAAAGUGCAUUUGGAGGUGCACAAGAGGUGCACCACCGAAGAGCUCAUCGAGAAGGUGUUGGCCGGACGAGCGGGUCGGUUUUGUUUUGUUUUGGGCUCAUUUCUGGAAGGUUAUAUUCGAAUUUCAGAGCUCGAAGGCCAGUCGGUUCAGGAUUUCGACCUGUUCGAGAUGAUGGGCACUCCGGACGGACAGACCUACAAAGAAAGACGGCUGGAUCCGGGCGAGUACCCGGUCGCCGUGCAGGCUAUUUGGUCCCGUCUGCCGGUGGUCGUGGACAGUGCGACUCCGAAGAACAGAUUCGUUUUCCGACACCGCGGAUACCGGGCGGCGACGGGCGGCACUCGAUUCGGAAGCGCAGAAGUCGCCUCUUCGAUCGACGCCUUCUUGACCAAGUUCCUCGCCCAGCCACAAGAUCGAGAGUACGCGGACCUUUGUAUGCUGCCGGAGCUCACGGAGCAAACGCUUUUGGACAAUUUACGAGAGCGAUUCGCGAAUGGACACAUUUACACGUACAUUGGUCCGAUUCUAGUGGCCGUUAAUCCUUUCUGGUGAGCUUUUUUAUAGAUACCGUCUAUUUAAACUGGUUUAUCUCAACUCACUGUCUCCCCAACAGCUAAUGCUAAAUUGAGCGCCGCGUUAAAACGGAGUGUCGUUGAAAACAAAAGCAGGUCUCUGAAAUUUCUGGAUUUUUUUCCGAAAACCCCGAAAUUUCAUCCGAAAAUGAGAAAAAAGAAGUAAAACAGAGAAUUUCCGAAUUGUUAACGACAACUGUGACCUUAAAUUAGCGUUUUGCCCACAAGAAAGCGCGCAUUAUUACACUUUUCUGUGAAUUUCAGUCCGGAUUCUCAAAAACUGAAAUUUCUCAGUCAUUUUUGCAUUUUAUGGGCCGUCUCUGUGCUCAAAAUGACCGCCUUUGUCUGCUGAAAAAUCGUGAGGCAACUGUUUUUUGAUUCUGUCAACUGUUUUCUCAAAACUUCCGAAAGUUCGCGUUUGUUCAAGCAAAAUUUAAAAAACGAAAUUACUCUUCGAAUUUUCACUUUUACACGAGCACUCUGUGAUCAUUUUGUGGCUAUCGGUAAUAUGAACAAACGUGAGGCAAAAGUUUUGAAGGAAAAGUGUGCAUAAUCCGAAAAACUCGGGAAAACAUCGUUUUCCGUUGAAAAACCGUAUCCCGUAAAUCGACACUGAGAGCCGCACGCAAAAAAGCGCGCGAAAAUUUUUUUUUGCCGAAGGGGAGACAGUGCAACUACCGGUUGAGAUAUUAAAAAGGUGUCAAAUUGUGUGCACUUUGUCAGUUGACAACUUUUUGAUACUUCUACAUAUAGCUCAUAGUCAGAUACAGCCUAUUUCUCCUUUCAGCUUCUUCCCGAUCUACAAUCCAAAGUACGCGCGGCUCUACUUCCAGAGCAAGCGUCUCGGCUCUCUUCCUCCGCACAUAUUCGCCAUAGCCGACGUCUGUUAUCACAAGUUGGUGACGUGACCGAAAAAAAAGUGGCUAGGCCAUCACUUUACAGUAUGCUUCGAAUAAAAGAGAAUCAAUGUGUGGUGAUAUCGGGAGAGUCGGGAUCCGGCAAAACAGAGUCGACGAACCAUCUGAUGUCGCAUUUGAUCUCCCUCUCGCAGAAGGGCUCCACCGGCUGCAGCACCGAGCAGACACUUUUGUCGGCCGGGCCCGUGCUCGAGGCGUUCGGAAAUGCGGUCACUUUGACGAACAACAAUAGCAGUCGGUUCGGAAAGUUUAUCAAAAUCAACUAUCGCGAGAAUGGAAUGGUUUCCGGGUGAGUCAUUCUGUGAACGCGCCUUGUUCUUGUGACACGUCCGCAUGGAUUUCAGUGCGAACGUGGAGAUUUAUCUGCUCGAGAAGUCGCGAAUCAUCUUCCAAACGAAAGGCGAACGCAACUACCACGUCUUCUAUUAUCUGCUCGAGGGAGCCGACGAGGAGGAACGCAAAAAGUACUUUCUGCUCAAACCGAACGACUACAAGUACUUGAAUCAGGUGAGCUUCGGAGCGCUUCACGAUGAAACGGUUUCCGUUGCAGAAUGAGCCAUUUGCGCUGGAAGGUGUCAACGAGCGGAAUGAGUUCGAUCGGCUGCGACAUGCGAUGAGUUCGGUCGGAUUCUGUGCAAAGACCCAACAGACAAUAUUCGGAAUCAUCUCGGCGGUUCUGCUGCUCGGAAACAUCACCUACAUCAAGAGACACGGCUAUCACAGCGACGAGAGCGGAUAUAUUGAGAACGAAGAAGUCGUGGACCUCGUCGCCAACCUUCUUCACAUCAAAACCGACACUCUGAUGCAGGCGCUGACAAUGAAACGGCACGUGAUGAAGGCGGAGACGGUCGUGCUCCGUUACAGUGUCUCCGAGGCGACGAACACGCGGAACGCGAUGGCCAAGUGCAUCUACAACUCGCUCUUCCACUACAUCGUACUGCGCAUCAAUCAGGCGCUGCUCAAAAAGGACUUCUCGGCUGGAAAAGGUUAUUACAUUGGAAUUCUCGACAUUUUCGGAUUCGAGGACGUCGGCGCCCAGUGCAACAGUUUCGAGCAGUUGUGCAUCAACUACGCGAACGAGAAGCUUCAGUCCUACUUCAAUCAGCACAUCUUCCAGUUCGAGCAGGAGGAGUACUUGAAAGAGGGCAUCUCGUGGACGAACAUCGAGUACACGGACAACACCGAGUGCGUGCAGUUGUUCCAGAGCAAACCUUACGGCAUUCUGCGUCUCAUCGACGAGGAGAGCAACAUCAACAACGGAACCGACGACUCGAUGUUGGCCAAGUUGAAUCAGUUUUUGAAAGUGAGUCGUUGUUAGUCUCAAUUCGACCCCAUAUCAAUGUUGUGCAGAACAAUGAAUACUACGAGACGCCGCAGAAGAAAGAGCCGGCUUUCAUUGUGGCUCACUACGCGGGAAAAGUCAAGUACCAGAUUACGGUAGGUCCCGAGACUUUUCGCUAUCUCGUACCGUUUGGCUCUAGGGUUUCCGAGAGAAGAACAAGGAUCUGAUGCGACAGGACGUGUUGAACGCGCUGAAAUCGAGUACGAGUUCGGUGAUGAAGACGUUGCUGGGAAUCGAUCCGGUGGCGGUGCACCGGUGGAAUGUGGUCCGAAGUGUGUUCAGGGCUAUGAAUGCGUUCAAGCAGUCGGCGAGGAAGUUGCAGAAAAGUGGUGAGAUUUGUGGAUUUUCGCCGAUUCAUUCCAAAUGCUAUAUCUCAGCUAUCUAUCGAGAUAUCAAAAUGUGGCCAACUAAAGAAAUGUAAAAAAUUUCUUAACUAUCAAUUCUUUAGUUAACAACUUUUUGCCAUCUCUAUCGGCAAUUGAGAUAUACAGGUUUGAACAAAAGGGUAUACAGUUCAUUCGAUACGAUGUAUCUCGGCUGUCGAUAAAGGCAACAAAAAGUUUUCAGCUCUCCAAGAAAUUGUGUACUUUUUAUCAGUUGACCACUCUUUGACCACAACCCCGAUCACUUCAGAAUCGGCGGGUCACCUCCGAGUCAUGGACUGUCUUCCCACGUCGCCGCGCCGUGGCUCCGACUCGGCGCUGUCGGCGUUCCUGCGCGGAGAGCUCCGUUGCGAAGUGCCCGAUUUCUGCGACACGAGCAUGUUCAAAACUAUUCGAAAUCAGGCGAGAAGGACGCCGGCCGGCAAAUCGGACGACAAGAUGAGUCUGCUGAAAUCGUUGCAAAUUCUGAAAGAGUCGAUCGGAGCAAAGCGACUCGCCAAGAAGCCGUCCUCCGUUUCCAAACAGUUUGAGUACUCGUUGACGAGACUGAUGAGCACUCUCGGCAACGCGACGCCGUACUUUAUAAGGUGCAUCAAGAGCAACAAUGAUAAGGUAUUGUGAAAGUGAUCUGUUCCUUUUUUUUCCCGACCCAAUUUCUCUGUUUCAGAUCGCAAAUCACUUCGACGACAACAUCAUUCUCCGUCAGCUGCGCUACACCGGAAUGCUCGAAACGGUGCGGAUCCGGCGAGCCGGCUACUCGGUUCGCAUCGAAUAUCCGAGCUUUGUGCAGCAGUACCGUAUCCUGCUGCGGCACGGGCGGGAGAGUACGGUAGACGACGUGAAGGAGUACAUCCACUCGCAUCCGUCCAUCGACAACGACAAUAUUCAGUACGGCACGAGCAAGAUCUUCAUGAGAGACGCGGAGAAGUUGAUUCUGGAUGACCAUCUGCACAGGACCAUCAUGCAAUCCAUCGAUACUCUGCAGCGAUGGUUCCGCACGCUGCUGGCGAGAAAGCGCUUCUUGCGUAUGAAGGACGGUAUCGUGAAGAUCCAGGCGUUGAUCAGAGGCUCCAUCGCCCGGAAUGCCGUCAGACGGAAAGCGCUUGCCGCUCAGACCAUCCAGUGCAACUGGAAACGAUUCAAGGCCCGUCAGAAGUACGUGGCGACUCGCACCGCCGUCCUCGCCAUUCAAUCGGCGUAUCGAGGUGCGGAGGCGAGGAGAAGAAUUGGGGAAAUUCCGAAAGCAAACGGGACGGGCGGAGUGAAGAAAUCGCCGUUCCGGGUGCGGAAAGUGCACGCUGUCAACCUGACAAAGUUCGAUUUGAACGAUCCGAACUCGCUGGCGGCGUUCGUCGUUUCCGAUGACGAUUCGGACAGUGACAAGUCGACGCAGGACGGGCUGGACGACGACAUUUCCGAGGAGAGCGACGCGUUUCAGGAGUGAGUUCACACAACGCCUUCUUCAACUUCUUCUCUUGUUUCAGCGACGAUGCGGUCGACGUGGACGCCACUUUCAUUCUCGAAGACACCAAAAUGAAGUUGGUCGAAGGCGCCGACCUCUCUCAUCACCGUCGCCAAUCCCUUGCGCCGACAGCGUCGACGACCAAGCUCAAAAUGCUCCGAAGAGCCAACAGCACCGAAUCGAACAACUUUUCCGUGUCCAGGUGUGACGACUCGUUCACGGUACGCUCUCCUGCUCUUUUUCGCUUUCCGAUGCUCAUCCAAUCGCGUUCAGCUUAGUCCAGUCCACUCGAAAAAGAAGACGGCGGGCACCGGAAAGCUCGGUUUCCAAAAGGCGAAAAAGAAUCUGAAGGCGUUGUUCGGACGCAAAGAAGACGAGGAAGAACCGUCGCCGGGACCGAGUUUCACCAGUGAGCUCACGCCGGACGUGCUCAUUUCGAAAGAGCAUCAGUUCAAGAUGUCGCGCCUUCAUAGGCAGGAGAUAUGCGCGUUGUGCAAUCGUCAUCUGACCGGCUUCAUUUCCCAGGCGCACAAGUGUCAGAGUAAGUCUAGGAAGAGGGUCGCGUGCAAAUGUUGACUGCUUUUUUGUCCGUCCGGUAACUUUCAAAACUUCUAACUUCAGGGUGCAAAAUGUGCCUCCACAAAGAGUGUUUCGUGUUCGCUUCUUCGAUUCCGUGCAAUCCAACGUCGCCGGUUCGAUCGCCGACGCGUCUGCAUUCACCGAAACGGCCAUGGGAUUUGAUGUACGUUCUCUCUCGUUCUCUCCCUACCGUAAUCCGUUGCCUCCAGGCCGCACAAACAACGUCAAUCCUCGUCGCCCAUCCCGACGACCGGCACGUUCAGUUUGACGAAAACCAAACAACAGGUAGGUACCCCCCAUCCUUUUUUCUUGCAACUCUUCCCUACAGACCGAUCCCGGUAACAUGGUCGUCGAAUCGACGGAAGAUCUUCGUCAAUUCAGUGUGUUCAUCUUCAACAAGACCACAAAUCUGUCGGAGAACACGACGAAACGGGAUACGGUAGUGGAUGCGGUGUUCAAGAAAUCGUUGAGAGCAUUCCAUAUGGAGUUGCUCGGCUAUGAGGCUGUGCUUUCGGUGAGCGCCAGAUGAAAAACUAACCUUAAAAAAUAUAUUGAUUUGAGGUGGAGCAAUCGGUUCUCAAAUACCGUGACGUCAUCACAAUGUUCGAGGGUCUUCUCACGAAAGUGUGUCGCGAAGAAGGCGUCUCGUUUCCGACGACACUCGGAGUCAACGCAUUCCGGUGAGUGAGACUACGUACAGUAAUCCGAGCCUACCGCAACCCAUUCAGUGGAUUCCUCAACGAGUUUAUGCACCAACAAUCGAAGAAGAAGCGCGGAAAGGAGAAAUCGUCAAUGAUCAAGGUACGGUUGUGAGCUACAGUAACCCCCGAGUAUUCACUUCAGAAGGUCGGAAAGAAACGCAGAAAGUCUGACGUGACGGCGGUAAGAAAGCGAGCGAUUGAUAGAUAGAUAGAUAGUAGUAGAAAUAGGCUGUGUGUGCAAUCAAUUCUCACCGUUUUCUUGUCAUUCCGACCCGUUCAGUUCUCUAAUCACUUCCGCCUACCGUAAUCCUACCGUACCCGUGAUUACAGGUGCACGCCGGUCAUCGCUUUCGCGCCGACGUGGUGCAUGUGCCGACGUACUGCGAAGUGUGCAACCAGCUCAUUUGGCACCACGAGAAGCUGUUCAUCUGCGUCGCCUGUCGCAUUUCGUGCCACAAAAAGUGUCACGCGAAGGUGUCGCAUCCGUGUCAUUUGAUCGGAAAACCUGUGGAUCCGCAUGUAUGCCCGUCCUGAUUUGCGCAUCAUUCCGCGCUCAUUUUUUGCAUUUUCAGACAAACGGAGGCCGGUUUUUCGGCGCUUCGUUGGGCUCGAUUGUGGACGAUGAGCACACGACACCUGUCCUCCUGGACCGCCUCUUUUUCGCCAUCGAAACGAGGGCUCUGUUCGUGGAAGGCGUUUAUAGGUGAGACUUCAAAACAAUAGAACUCUGCCGACAAUAGAGAUAUCAAAAAGUUGUCAAGCUUGACGGUCUCCAGAGCUGACAAUCAGUGUUGAGCGGAAUUCCGUCUGCCGUCUUCCGUCUUCCGUCUUCCGUGGUUUUUUUUGUUCCGUCUUCCGUCUGCCGUCUUCCGUGAGAAAAGUUGUCUUCCGUCUUCCGUCUGCCGUCUUCCGUGAAAAAAAUGUUCUUCCGUCUUCCGUUUUCCGUGUUCCGUAAGAAAAAUUUUCUUCCGUCUGCCGUCUGCCGUCUUCCGGAUUUCAAAAUUCCAUUUCCGCUCAACUCUGCUGACAAUGCGCCCCGCCCAAUAGAGCGAAAUUCAAAUUUUAACAGCAAAAUUUGUGUGUUUUUGCCAGAUUAGCCACGAAAAGCCGAUAAUUUGUCAUUUGUCUCUCGAUAGACCGAUUGUAUAGGCCAUUAUGAAUUGUUUAAGCGAAAGAGCGUUAAAUUUGGUCAAGUCGCAAAUCAGAUUUAUCUGUUUGAAGGUUUUUGGCUAAAACUGCGUGAAUUUCAGUUGCUUUUCGGUAGUUUUCGCGGUUCGAGCGCUCAAAAUGCUUGUAUUUACGUGAUUUAUCAUUCUCAAAACCAAUUCUGUCGGAAAACGGUCAAGAAAGCGCAAAAUGAGAAGUGCGGUUUUUAGGCGGCGAUCGGCGGCGAAGGCGAAAAAGCAAAGUCCGCGAAAAAUGCGCCAAAACGUCAUUAAUUCUGUAAGAAUUAGUGUGUUUUCAUGUCGAACAAUCAUUUUUCAUCGCCGUUGACUACAAAAAUUAGAGAAAACGUGCUCAAUUCAUGAAAACCCCAUUUUGCCGCCGAGGCCACGCCCACAUUGUCAGCUCUGGAGACCGUAUAGACAGCUGAUAUACACUGCUUUAAUUCGAUAUCAAUGUUGCGUUACAGAAAAAGUGGAUCGCUUCCUCAGGUGCGUAACAUUCGAAAGAUCAUCGAAUCCACGCCAGGUACCUCCGUUUUUCCUUCCUUUUUCCAUUUUCUCUUCCCUUCCAGACGCGGACGCGGUGAAUCUGGAAGAGGCGGGAGUGCACGUGCUCACCACACUCGUCAAGGCGUUCUUUCGCGAGCUCGCCGAGCCCAUCAUCAUCUUCGAUCUCUACGAGAACUUUCUGAACGUCUCCGAAGUGGAGGACAUGGGCGAGCGGGUCCGCUGCCUGUCCGUCAUGAUCGAACUGCUGCCGAAACCGAAUCGCGCGGUGCUCGACCGUCUCAUGUACCAUCUGGCACGCGUCGCCGAUCAGGAAGCGGUCAACAAGAUGGGCUGCAACAACCUCGCGCUCAUUUUCGGUCCGUGCGUGCUCCGUCGCCACGACACCGCUCACGCACAGGAGCAGUUGAACGACGUGGCACGGCAGACGGGCUGCGUGCAGACGUUGAUCGAGGAGAAGUUGAAGCAGUACAAAGCCACGUUGCACAAUAUUGUCGAGUUGGAGGACGCGAGUCAGAAGGUGAGUACGGAAGGCGUUUCAGAAGGCAACGGAGCGGUUACAGGUGUCUGCGAACUUGCGGAAGAUCGAGGAGCACCGACGGAACAGCGAACCUUCGAAGACGGCGACGAACAUCGGCACGGCGAAGCAGUUGUUCGAGGAGCAGCUCGAGUUUCUCGGCAAACAAAAGUGGGUCCAUCUGUUCAUUUAGUCUCACAAUUCCUAGCCCAGGAAAGUGUUAAGUCCUUUCGAAUUAAUGUAUCUCAACUGACUGUACAGAUAUCAAAAAGUGGUCAACUGAUAAAAUAUGCACAAUGUGUUAAUGAGCAAUUUUUGAGUUGACAACUUUUUCACAUCUUUAUCGGUACUUGAGAUAUAUCGUCUUGAGUCAAUGGUAUUGGAGAACCGGUCAUAAUUUUGAUAGCAUGUCACUCUCAAACUAGAACUCAUAGACUCAUAAAUUCCAACGAUAGAACUUUCUAAUUUUGCAGAGAACGUCUGCUGCAAGAGCUGCCGCCACUGGCUCCAGUCGCUUCUUCGGAAGAUCUUUCGUCAUCGGACGAGAACGCGAACGCCUCCAGUUCGCUUUCGGUCGAGGAGUACGCGCUGGACCUUGACGCGCCGCCCGUCUUCUGUCUACUCCGUUACCCGACAAAAAUGCGGCCGCCGGGUCCGCCGCACCGCCGCAGACCCGAUCUGGAUCUGCGAAGGAAGGCGUUCGCCAACUCUCGCUGCAUCGUUUCCUUCUACUCGCCGCUCUAA